CCACCUCCGCUGACUUCCGCUGCAAGUCCAGCAGCUGUCUCUGAGAUGGACACUUCCGCGAUGCCCAGUCUCAAUGAGAUGGCAGCGGCUUUGAGGCCAAUGGACGAGCAACCACGUAUGUUCCUUAUGCUGGAUCGAUUGCUGGAGGGCGAAAAAUUUGUUGUGGAGGCGCUGCGGGGCACAAAGCUCAUGGACAUCGGAUUGCUUCAUGAUGCUUUCCACCAUGAACAGCUCCAGGAUGAGACCCUGCAACUCGGGGGGAACCAGGUCUUGCGAGCGGCCAUGUUCAUCAUGCCUGAAGUCAAGGCAUACUUCUUGGAGGAGGAGCACAUGAGCUGCGAUGCCAGCAUUGGCCGAAGGGUGGAGGCUAUGCUUUGGUACUGCCAUCUCUCACCAGACAGUGAUGUGAAGUGAUCCGUGCUUUCAUAUGUUUGUCUGUCUUAUGCGUUUUGCUUGGUUUGUGUUGUUUUAGUUAUGUGUAGUUGUUGUUUGACACCAUUUGCAUGACCAAGACCUUGGCGAAGACCUGCUGGAGUAUCUGCAGGGAUUCAAGCAGCUGAUGUUUGAUUCCUACAAGGCUUGGGGCAGGCCAGUCGCAGUGCUUUGCGACCAAGUGACUGACCACGAUGUUUUGGUGCAGCUCAGCGACGAGUACAAGCAAUUUGAAGAGGAACGCAGAAUCUUCGGAAUGGGCAGCAGAUACUCAGCAACCGCCGCCGUGCCUUCAACCGGUGCAACUUCAGCCGGUGAAACUAGGUU